GAAAAAGUAUACCAAAUCCUCUAUCGUGAAUUCAUUCACAUGUACUGUGAUUGGAAACUAGCUACUAAAUAGGUACUUCCAAAUAAAAUUGUACACUCCUGCUUUUAUUCAAGCAAUAAAGCAGCUCAACCAAGAAGAGCUCAGGGCUUCCUAACCUUUUGCACAAGACAUGCUUGUGCGGAAAACUGUCUUCAACCAGUCUGACCCCACUGAGUUUGUGUUCCGUGUGUUCACCACAGUCCCCGAAUUUCAGGUUCUUCUCUUCCUUCUCUUCCUCCUCCUCUACUUGAUGAUCCUCUGUGGCAACACAGCCAUCAUCUGCGUGGUGUGCACACACAGCGCCCUCCACACCCCGAUGUAUUUUUUCCUGGCCAAACUGUCUUUCCUGGAAAUCUGCUACACCACCGUGGUGGUCCCCUUAAUGCUUGCCAACAUUUUUGGGGCCCAGAAACCUAUUUCGUUAGCUGGAUGUGGGAUCCAAAUGUUCUUCUUUGUCACCCUCGGCAGCACGGACUGUUUCCUCUUGGCGAUCAUGGCCUAUGACCGCUAUGUGGCCAUCUGCCACCCGCUGCACUACGCUCUCAUCAUGACCCGCCAGCUGUGCGUUCAGAUGCUGUGUGGGGCCGUGGGCCUGGCCUUCUUCCUCUCCUUGCAGCUCACUGUUUUAAUCUUCACCCUGCCCUUCUGCGGCCACCACCAGGAAAUCAAUCACUUCCUCUGCGAUGUGCCUCCUGUCCUGCGCCUGGCCUGUGCUGACAUCCGUGUGCACCAGGCUGUCCUCUAUGUCGUGAGCAUUCUCGUGCUGACAGUCCCCUUUCUGCUCAUCUGUGUCUCCUACGUCUUCAUCACCCUCGCCAUCCUGCGCAUCCGUUCUGCCGAGGGCCGCUGCCGGGCCUUCUCCACCUGCUCCUCCCAUCUCACCGUGGUCCUGCUGCAGUAUGGCUGCUGCAGCCUCGUGUACCUGCGUCCCCGAUCCAGCACCUCAGAGGACGAGGACCGCCAAAUCGCGUUGGUCUACACCUUUGUCACCCCUUUACUCAACCCUUUGAUUUACACCCUUAGGAACAAGGAUGUCAAAGGUGCCCUGAGGAAUGCCAUCGUCUGUAAAGCAGCCUGUGAUACCAGCUGAAGACUUAGGGGCACUGGGCUGGGCGUCCAUCUGUUGCUGUGUCAGUGAACUCUAAAUGACAUAGAAUUGUAGUAUUUACAUUCCCACACUUUGCACUUAAUGUUUCUUUUUUGCCAUAUUUGCCCCAAGUUCACAAUUCGUGCUCAUUUUUCUGAAGUGCUUUGACUAAGAUAUGAAAAUUUUGGGUGGAAGUUACAGUGUAGGAAUGCUAGUUUACUUAGCUCUACUUAAGCAUUUGCUCUCAGCCAUGUCAAUUGCAGUGUUAGGAACACCCCAUACAUACUGUGAAUAAAGGCUGAUAAACAAAGGUGCCUUAAGUAAGGAAUAUUCGUAAAGACAUAUUUUACUCAAAUAAAUACAUUUUAUUAUUGUUUUGGGUAUCAGUAUAUGGCAAACAAUAGCUCACUUAAUGCACUAACUUCC